AGAUAUGACCAGAAGUGUCAGUCGCUGCAGCGAGGAGCGACAGGUGGCUUUCUCCAAGCUGAAGGCAAAGUCAGCAACGAAACUCGCUGAGAUGUGACCCUGUGCUGACGGUCAUACACACCCGGCGAGUGAGAGGACUGCAACCACGAUGCGAGAAAUAACAGUUGAUUUCCGACAGCUUUCCUUCACGGCCCUAGCCACCUAGCUAAGCUAACCUACCCGGAUGCUAGCGAAGCCAGUUUGUCAGCUUUGAGCCCGGAACAUGUUGUGAGCGGGAGACGAAUUCAAUGUGACACCCUGACAUUUACACCCCGUGGGUAGCGUUUCCACUCGUGGCUGGGCAUCCAUCAUUCUAACACAAAAUGUGGCUCCAGCAGAGACUAAAGGGGCUACCGGGCUUGUUGUCAAGCAGCUGGGCGAGAAGACUGCUGAUAGGACUGCUGCUCUUCCUCAUAUUCUACUGGUACCUGGGAGCGGAGCGCAGGUGGAGGUUCUUCAGCAGCUCGACCAUGCCUGGCGGGGCGGCAGGACAGUGUCUACAGGCGGAAAUCCACCGGUGGAAGUCGCUCGUAGACCGAGGAGAGGGACUAUACAGCACACCUCAGGAACAACUUGACACGCCGUUUGUAUCAGGUAACGGCCACAUUUUGAUUGACAUUGACUCUAACAAACUGUGGGUGGCGUCGUCCUCGCAGCCCGGCUCAGCCCCGGUCCACCCAACUGAAUAUUCACCGAGAGUCGGCGUGCACCUGGAGGGGAAGCGGGCCGAGGCUCAGGCCAGCAUGCUGUGGUUCCGGAAAGGUUCCGUGCUGUCGGUGCGCUGUGCCUCCCUGCAGUCAUCCCGGGACUGUGUCAGCAUCAGAGAGGAGUUCAUCGCCCACAGAAGCAGACCCAACGUCUAUCUUCAGCGAAUCCACAUCAACAACCUGUCUGACAGGCCCACCUCCCUGGACGUUUCCUCUGACAAUCCCUCCUACGGUAGCAAGUUCUCCACCAGUGUGGAGAAACUGGAGGACAAGGAAAUACUGCUCUCCUCUGGCAAAGUGCCUGUGGAGAAUAAUCACAUGGUUCUGGUGGUGGUGGUCACCAAGAAGCUGAACAGCAGGAUUCAAGUCCCUGCUAAGUCAGAGUUCACAGACAACAUUGUGUCAGUGGUGUGGACCUCAGAGCCGAUCGAGCCCUCCAAGCUGGAGGAGACCUUCAUCAGCCUCAGAGAAGGAGCCAAAAAGGAACUGGGGGAGCUGCUUAGAGCCAGUGUGGAUGAGCUGGUUGUAGAUCACCAGCAAGCGUGGAUGGAUCUCUUCAUUUCAGGUGUUGAAAUGAGGAAGAUCACAGACUCCCACACGCCAUCGAGCCGCACGGUGAACACCACCCUCUACUACAUCCUCUCAUCCUCCAUGGCUCCCCUGCUGGACCGUAGGCUGAGCACCGAGGAGAGUGCCCGGCUGGAGUCCAGCCUCAACUACGCUGACCACUGCUUCAGUGGCCAUGCCACCAUGCAUGCAGAGAACCUGUGGCCUGAGCGGGUGAGCAGUACAGCCCAGAUCCUGCAACUGGUCACGCUAUGGACCUUGACUCUGCAGAAGAGAGGCUGCAAGGUACUCAUUGCAGCUGGGGCCCACGGAACAAUGCAGGGCAUGGUGCUCAGCUUUGGUGGCCUUCAGUUCACAGAGAACCACCUUCAGUUUCAGGCCGAUCCAGACGUGCUGCACAACAGCUACGCCUUGAGAGGAAUCCACUACAACCAGGACCUCAUCAACCUGGCAGUGCUGCUGGAUGUGGAGGGGAAGCCUUUUCUUCAUGUGUCAGUGAAGCAGCAGGAUAAACCAGUAAAGCUGUAUGCCUGCGAGGCGGGCUGCCUCAAUGAGCCUGUGGAGCUGACAUCAGAGAUCAAAGGUCACACCUUCCCAGUGAUGGUCACUCAGCCAAUAACACCGCUGCUUUACAUCUCCACAGACCUGCGCCACCUGCAAGACCUGCGCCACACCCUCCACCUUAAGGCCAUCCUGGCCCAUGAGGAGCACAUGGCCAUAAGAUACCCAGGCCUUCCCUUCCUUUUCUGGUUCAGCGUGGCCUCUCUCAUAACUCUCUUCCAUCUUUUCCUCUUCAAGCUCAUAUACAACGAGUACUGUGGCCCUGGCGCUAAGCCCCUCUUCAGGAGCAAGAUUGCGUGUGUUGGCAAAGAUUCUUCUUUCUCUCUCUCAGUGCACUCUCUGUUGGUUGGUUUCUUGGUUUUUACUUUCUCCCUCUCGGUGAGUACUUCCUAUCUCAUGUGGUUUACUCUUGGAGUGGGUUGGCACAGUAGCCUUACAAACCUCGCCUUCCCCCUAUCACAAAACAUGAUUCCACAGGUCUUGUUCAAUGGUGGGGCUGAUAAAGUUUUUCACCACAGCUGUUCUCUAAAAGGAAGAUUGAGCAAUGAAAAAUGUGAACGAAGUUGAAGACAGUAGAGUAGCAACCUCCAGUCAGAGUCAGAGACUUCACAGUUUCAAUGAACCAUCUGAUGUAUGGCAUCACCUUAGCACAGCAUCUGUUCCAUGUUUGGAAUGUAAAAAAAUUGCUGAUUGCAAUGGAAGAAAAACAAGCACAAGAGUCAUUUUUUUCUUUCACGUCAGUAGGUGAUUAUUUUACCGCGUUAAUGCCACUUUGUGACAGCAUUCCCAUUGUCCUGUCUGAGCAUUCUUAAGGGAACAUACCAGUGUUUUCCAUUUACACAAAAAUACACAUAUUACAGGGACUUUUCAGAACAAGCUGAGGGUUGUAAGACUGUUAAAAGCUGCACGUUGAAGGUGAUCUGUUGAGUAAUGUUGUUAGGGUCUACAUCUUGUUCACAUACAAGGACAUGACAUUGAAACUAAAUGCAACCAGAGAUUGCGUUUAAAAAUGUAUUGCACCACUUCCCCCCACUGUACAAAAAUUAAGCUAAAUUACCCUGGAUAUGGGUGCUGCCAUCUUGUAUAGGGGACAUCAUGUGGAGAUAGAGUCUGUGCAGUAUUCCAUGGCACCAUGGUCCUGCUGAUACACCUGACCCAGUUCAGCCAGGGGCUUGUGGAGUUUGCACAUUCUCCAGCUUCCUCCCACAGUCCAAAAACAUGCAGAUCGGGUUAGGACAAUUAGAGACUCAGAAUAGACCAUAGAUGUAAAUGUGAGUGUUGACCCUGUGAUUCACUGGCGACCUGUAGUACCCCCCUCUCGCCCAAUGUCAGAUGGGAUUGACACCAGCCCCCCCUUUAAAGGCUAAGCAGAAUAAUUUAUGGAUGGAUGGCGUACUUUUUAGUUUGAUCCAUUUCCGAUGUGCUAACAAGGAGUGGCUGGGGUUUUUGACUGCAGCCAGCCACCAGGGGGUCAAUGCAUAUGUUCUGGCUUUACUGUUGGGAGUCAUGUUGUCUUUAUUUAUAUUGAGUCACUGGAUGCAACAAUUUUUUUGGUGGUGUCAGGAAAAAGAAGACUGCGGGCCACUGUAAACAUGGAUGUAACUUAACAAAUAUGUACUAAAGAGCAAAAUCAGAGCUUUAGUUUGUUUAUAAGAAACCCCCACAUAGUACCUUUGACUUUGGCAGAGGUAAGAGCAGCUUUAAUGCUGACCCUCACACUGGAACUGACACAAUGGGGAGCACUGACUCGCUGAUGGUCAGGGAAACCCUUAAAUCUGCUUACAUCACUGGUUUGCAGUGAAGACACAUGAUCAUGAUUUAUAGUACAUUAUAUUUAACAUUGGUAUGGUCCUUUCCCUGAUUAUCUACUUUGCUUUUUAUAGGUCUGAUCAACAGUACCAUCAGUAAUGAUAGAGUACUCACAACGACAUUGGGAAAAACUGAGAGGCUCAAGUUUAUCACCCAAACUGUCUGCACACAGUUGUUGCUGUGCAGGAAGAGAGUAGUAUUCACAUGUACUCAAUUGACCACCAAAUUAAGUGGUUUAGAUAACCUGCAGCUUUGUUUCCUCCCUGUCCGUUUCCUUGUGAGCUACAAUACAUUUUACUGUUCAUGUGAGAUUGUUGUCAUGGAUCAACCCAAAUCAAAUUAAUCCUGCAAACGACAGAAGACUCAAUUGGAACUCAUUGUAGUGAGGUGUUGCUACCUAACAGUCCUUAAUGUCUGUUGUCAUGUGAAACGAUUACUUGUUUACAGAUGUCCUUUUAAAAAACAUGUUGACAUGAUGGACCGUUAGGGCAGAUUGUGCUGAAGGGUAAACGUUCUUUUCUGAUCAGCGUGGACCAUGUGCUCACUUUUCAGGAACCUUUUCUGCUAUUCCUUUUUCUUCCUGCCUUUUGAUGAUGUUUUAUAUUGAACCACUCAAUUAAAUUAACAAGAAAUCUAUGGGUUGGCUUUGGCUCUUCACUAUUGACCUGUCACCUUUCUCUGGCACACUCACACUUUUCUCAUCCUCAGCAUGUCUAUGUAUUCUCCUCUCCUGAGAAGCAGUGUGGAUGGGUUGGAUAUUAUUAGUCAGGUUCCCAGCUCAUAAAUCAUUCUAACCCUUCACCCCUUUUCUGACUUCACCAGGUCGCCAGCAAAAGUGAGGAUGGUUGCUGCAACACCACAAGCGCCGCUUGAAUGCUGCAGUGCUGUGCACACAUACAUCAUGCAGCGGUGGUUCUGCUUAAGCUUUGGCAGCAUGCAAGAUGUUAACAUGGGUGUGCUGGUGCUGAAUCUGAAACGGUCUGACAUUUUCUUUGUUUGGGCCCGCGAUGUGUGGAGAGAUACUCCUCCAAAUCGGCUGGUGAGAGGCUGCAGAGGCAUGGAGGUUAAAACUGGCCUAGUACAAUCUACACCAAGUAUUUUGACAGUUGGAUUUGUUUUGUUUUUUAAGGUUCUGUGCUUCAGCGUUAACUUUUGCCCAAAUUUCUGGGGUACAAAAGUAAUUAGACACUUGUUUACUUAAUGUUUCUUGGGCCGCUGUUGUUACAGUGUCAACCCUACAGGUUAUUGAGAUGGAUUUAUUGUCAGUGUGAAAAGUAAAGAGGCGACUAUGCAAGUCAGGAAAAAAUAAAGAGGUCUAAGAAAGCAAAAAUCUGUCACAAAUAUCAAAGGUUUUUUUGGACACUUCCUAAAAAAUAACCAAAAUGUCAAAGAUACAGUUUGACCGGGGAGCACAAGACUUCAUAAAUCCAUGCAAACGCACAUGAAGAGACCAGCAUGAUGAAAUAAGAAGUUAUCAACCUCCAAGUGGUGGAAAGAGGACAGUGAAGAGAGCGAACGGGAACAGUUCUUGACGUAAAGCCUACACCUCAACUGUCCCACAUAGCGCUGAUUCUGUCCACUGGAAGUGACACACUAACAUUUAGGCUACUGAUAAAAAGGGUGAACAGUCACAAGUCGUCAUUAAACAGGACUACAAUACUAAAAAAACAACCUAAGAAACAAAGAGGUAGAAUAUCCUGGACUGGGUUCGACAAUCAAGGCACUGCUCAGCUGGCAGCUCCUCCAAAGAUAAUUUUUGACAUUAAAUUACUGAGUGUUCAGUGAUUUUCAAGGGCCAUUAGUGGAUUAUUCUCCCAAGACAAACCUCCUGAGCCAUGAUCACUAAGGGAAAGCUAAUCGAGAUAAAACUGUAAGCAAACAAUCCAAAACUCCCAUGAUCCCACGCUGUGACCUUGUGACCAAAAUUUUUCUUGAUCAAAGUAAUAACGAAAAUUGGUUUAAUGUGUUUUUGUCCAAUUACUUUUGAACCCCUAAACUUUGGGCUCCAUGUUUGUAAAGGGUUGUAUCUCCACACCCAAAAUAUUCUUUUUUGUUUCUUUUAAACCUCAAGUUAAUGCUGAGACUUUACACUUUCAUGUAGGAUUAAAAUGAAACUGAAUGUCCUGAAUUCUUCAGAACCUGAACUAGAUAUUUUUAACCCCUCAGAAUAUUGAGUCUAAUAUCAGGAAAGAUGGAAAAACAGCCAAUAUUCAUAUUUGAGAAACUGGAACCAGCAAAUGUUUCAAAUUGAACAUAGACUAUGACAAUGAAAGCAGAUCUCUUCCUGAUGUUUGAAAAGCAUUUCAAGAAAGCAACUCAACAGUUAGUCCAAAUUCUUGGAAACUAUACCUACACCUUUUUCAUGGCAGACAUUUUGAUAUGAAAUGGUAAACAGCUAGCAGCUCUGUAAGCAGCCUGUACUUAAGCUUGCUAACGAGCUAACAUGAUGUUAACAUAGUAGUAGUCUUUACUAUGCUAUGUCAGUAUGCUAACACCUGUAGAUUAGCACUAUGUUAAUCAUUGUGUGACAACAAUGUGUUGAUGCAACCCAGAAAACGUAAAACUCUGGCUGGGAAUGGUGAAAGUUUACUGCUGGUAAAAUGAAACAACUUUUUUGUUGAAAUAAUUUUGACUAAUUUCACCUUUGAUAGUCACAGAUUGCAUGCAGUUUACCUGUCGCUGGCUUAACAGACCUCAGAUUUACUGCUCUCCGGAGUUUGCUCUCUUAAGCCUUCACCUGUGGUUGAAAUCCAGACAAUUAGCUACAGAGUUUACCUGCAGUUUGCCUUUCACACCAGCACAAUGCAGCGGGAGGUUCUUUGCACAGAUACCCUCACAACAGCAACGUAUUUAGAUGAGAGUUGGUGUAGCCAACAUCUUCGUCUGUGUCUUCUACGUGUAUGACACAGCUUUUUUGACGGGAAAUUUGUUUUACUUUUUGAAGGGUUUUUAUUGCAUCUGUUGCAGGUUAGAAAAGUCAUCACCCCCCACUCGUUCGCAGUGAAUUCACCGGGGGAACCCCUAGUGUUCACACAUGAAAUUAGUCCUGGACUUCUACGAAGUUUGUACUUGGAGGUCAGGCGGAGAAAGUCUCACAGGAACUGUGCUUGUCUGACAACAGCCCAGAACUUCCAAAGAGACUGACUCUCAAGAGGGCCUUUACCUGAAGGUCACCAUAGGUUCUCCUACAUGGUUGGAAAAAAUUUGUGAGUGCUAUUCAGUUUGUUGCAAUGUGCCUCGCAUGCAACAUCCUACCAAUUCCUACAUUUUUGUUUGUUCCUUAUUGACCAUUGGUGCAGUCUGGGUUGCUUUCAGUGCCUUUAAGAAUUCAGUAUGUUUGAAGUAAACAAGAUUGCACAAGUCUGAAGGCCAAAGUAUUUGUUCAGACAAGACGUGGCUUCAUGGUGUGUUGUAGUUGGUUGAUGGCAUGAAAAGAGAAAAAGAUGUUCAAAGGCUGAUCCCUACGUUUUUUUCCUCUGCUAACAUAGUGCUUUGGUUGUGAUUGAAGGUAUGUCAGGUUUGUUUCUACUCAUGGAAUUUUAAUAUGAAUUGCACAGCAUUAGAUAGUACGUCUAGCUGGAGACCUGCUACACAUAGAGGUAUGGAUAGUAUAUAUAUAGGCUGUUAAAUGGAACCCAGCUGAACGUUGGUGUUCAGUUGAGAUGUGGUGACUGUGAAGGCCAAUUGCAUACACAUCAAACCAGUCAGCGAACUUGUCAUCAAGACAGUCAGUGAGCCCUCUUGUUCUGUAAUAAAGUUAUUUUGCCUCGACACUCAUUUAAUCAGAUCUUUAGAUUUUUUUUCCUGACAUCUUGUUCAUUGAAUUUUCCCUGUCAUCAAUUAUAUGAAAGUAUUUUUCUAGAUGACUUCACUCAUCACUAAAUCCCCAAAAGGAACAAAACAGCUUUGGAACAGCUCUUCCACAAACACUAUUCUCCACUGGCAGAAGCUUGAUUAGCCAGACAAGGGAAGCCGAUUUAUUACAGCUUUGUUUUUUAAAUGUCUGUACAUUUUAUUGGUUAAAAUAAUACUGUAAAGACCAAAGGGAUAUCCUUGGUUAUGUAAACGGAAGUCCAACAGGUGACGCCGCUUCAGAAGUCAGAUGAUCUGAGGCUGGAAACAAACCCCCAGGUGAACCAAACAUCACGAAACAUCAGUGUACAGAUCGAGUUUCUCCUUCCUCUCUUACUUUUGUCUUGGGAAGUUAAUUAAUUUAACGCCCAAGAACACAAAUAUCUUUGCUAAGCAUUCACUGAAAACUGUCUGACUGCCCAUACUUCUUGACUGUUGAAACUGUGUCAGUGAUACUUUGCAUAACCCAACAUGACAUGCUGGGUUACAAAUCACAUAACCCAACAUGACGUGCUGGGUUACAAAUCACAUAACCCAACAUGCUUAUGAAAACAUUAAUAAUAAGGAAAUAAUACAAAGAGUGGGCAGGAUAUGAGUACCACAAAUUGGCCGUAAGGCUGAGCAUUGACUUGAUACAUUAAUCCAUUUAUGGUUCAAACAUUCAAGCCUGUUGCACUUGUGUACUUAUCAGUGAAGUUACAGUGGGUGUUAAGUCCUCCACAACACAUCUGCUGUGACAUCACUGGCUGCGAUACAGGCAGGAAAAUGGCUAGAAAGUUUAACUGCAUUAGUUCCCACAUAUUGGCUGUCCCUCUGGAUUAAAACUACACCAUUUAUAUUGUAAAACGUUGAGUUAUUUCGAAGUUACGCGGGUACAAUUGGUAAAUAUUAAUAAGAAAUAGAAAUUGUGUUAGAAUUUCUUUUGUCCAUUGAAAUCACUGGCAUGUCAGUUAAUGAUUUGAUUUGAUGUGAUUUCUGAUUGUGGAUAACUGGGGGUUGUUCAGCUUUUUUGUCUGUGGGUUAUCUGAUUAAUCUGUAAACUACUGAGUCUGCCUUAAUGAAGAAAUUAAGUAAGAAGUUAAUUUAUUGAGCUCAUGGCCAGAGGCAUUAUAGGAAUAGAUUGUACUUGAUAGGUUUGGUGUAUGAUUUUGUCAAAUUGAUUUUUUUUCUGGAAAAUAAAUCACAUUAUUGUGAAGGAAUGUA